UUGUCUUUUCAACAAUUUCGAGUUAUCCUUGGCCCUGGUCAGCUCGGUGUUUAUCCCUCUUCCGUUCACCACCUCACCUUCAAUCCUCAACGGCGAAGCACACGCUGUUUCCGGUUUCUUUAAUUACCUCACAAGAGAGAGCAUAAGGCCCAAUACAAUAGCUAUCAAGCACCUUCUGAAUCUUGACUGCGAUUACUGAUAAAAGCAUGGAUAUAGUUUUAGAUGGAUUUAGUUCUCUAUGCAUCAUCUACCUCGAUUUCUAGGUCAUAGCAAACAAACUAAGGGCAUGGACCAGAAGAAGUUCCGAAGAAAACCGAAGCUCGAGCGCCGUAAUGCCGCUAAAUACUAUGAGUAUGAUCCUGCAUCAUCUUCAUCGUCGCUGGACGACUCCUCCGGCUCUCUCUAUACUCGAUCAAUGGAAUUUUAUGACCGAACCAGCUUCCGAAUUGAGGGAACCGAGGGCGAGUUUGAUCUAAUAUGCAGGAGUUUGGGGCUAUCAGGACCAGAAGACCUUGCUAUCCCGGCGGCGGCGUGGGAGGCUAUGAAGGUUAGGUCGUCUUCGGAUAUUCUUCCAAUGUUGAAGUUGAACGAUCUGGAAAGUCAGGAGAAGGAGGAGCUGAAGGAUAAAGAGUCGAAUCAAUUAGUGCGUGAAUCAGGUGACAAAUGUGAAGGAAGGGUUACGAUUAGGGAUGUGACUAAAUCAGCUAAAGACGAGCCUGCUGAGACAAGUGGGAGCGGAGGUAUCAAGGGUCUCCGCCCACCGAUGAUUAAGCCACCGCCAGGGAUGAGGCUUCCAGUCAUUGAUAACAAUUGUUCUACCUGGGAUAUUCUGAGGGAUUUUGCUCCGCAAGGUGAAAGACAGUCAUUGGAAAAGUACGAGGAGCCGAACUUUUCUGACGAUGACCAAGAACGACGUAUAGGAACGGAGAGAGCAGAAGCACAGAAACAAGAAGCAGGAGGACGCGAGGCGGAUGGGCAUACCCCGAAGUUAGAAGAGGAUAAUGCAUCAAGGCUUGCGGAUGUUGGUGCUGAGUUUUCGGGAUCGUUUUCGUUUACUACGUCAAAUGAAGAUGAUUCUUCUAGCUCGUCCACGGAUCCUAGGUCUACCAACAUAUCUCCCAAUGUGAGAUUUAGACGAAUUAUUGCGAACUGGCAAAAGGGUGAGCUUUUGGGACGUGGUUCGUUUGGGUCAGUCUACGAAGGAAUUUCUGGAGAUGGAUUCUUUUUUGCUGUGAAAGAAGUUUCACUGCUCGAUCAAGGGAGUCAGGGACAGCAAAGCGUCUAUCAACUGGAGCAGGAGAUUGCUCUUUUGAGUCAGUUUGAACACGAGAACAUUGUUCAAUAUUAUGGCACGGAAAUGGAUGAAUCAAAACUGUACAUCUUUCUUGAGCUUGUUACUAAAGGUUCCCUUGCAAGCCUCUACAGGAGGUACAACCUUCGAGACUCUCAAGUGUCUGCUUACACAAGGCAGAUUCUGCAUGGUUUGAAAUAUCUUCACGAUCAAGAUGUGAUUCACAGGGAUAUUAAAUGUGCAAAUAUAUUGGUGGAUGCAAGCGGAUCUGUCAAGCUAGCUGAUUUUGGAUUGGCAAAGGCAACCAAAUUCAAUGAUGUUAAAUCAUGCAAGGGGACAGCAUUUUGGAUGGCGCCUGAGGUUGUAAAAGGUAAGAAUCAAGGUUAUGGGCUUCCAGCUGAUAUAUGGAGUCUUGGUUGCACUGUAUUGGAGAUGUUAACUGGCCAAAUCCCGUAUUCUAAUCUGGAAUGGAUGCAGGCAUUGUUUAGAAUUGGAAAAGGUGAGCGCCCGCCUGUUCCUGAUUCUCUUUCAAAAGAUGCAACGGAUUUUAUACUGCAGUGUCUUCAAGUCAAUCCAGAUGAUCGUCCCACUGCUACUAAGCUGUUAAACCAUCCAUUUGUCCAGAGGCCACUUUCCAUUUCGUCUGGCUCUGGCUCUGCAUCCCCUUAUAUUCCUGGCAGGAGGAAUUAAUUAGUCACCUGCAACUAUGAAACACAUUGAGUGCUCAAACCGUUGACUGCAGUUGAUCUUGGAUCCAAUGUUGCUGCGACUGCAAUGUGUUGGUGGCUUUCAGAAUAUGCUUGCUUGUAGCCUAAUCAAUUUUGUAAGGAUUGAUCUGGGGAUUUUAGAAAACCAAGUCCGGAUUGGGGCUUUAGCGUCCUAUUUGAGAAUUACCAAUAUCAAGAUGUGAAAUGUUGGCCCCUCCUUUCCGAUUUAACUGUCGAAAAGAAUACACAGUGUAGCCCUGGUAGCAAAAAGCAAUUGCUGUAGGAAUUGGAAACUUACAUUAUUUGUACAUAUUCAUACCAACGCAAGCAUAAUAUCAUUUUUUGUGCA